UGUUGGCACAGAAUUUAAUGUGUUAUAUACAGGUCAAACUCUUUGUGGAGGAAUACAACAAUAUGUCUGUGGCUUGUAAAUUUAAACGUAUCUAAUUCAAACAAAUAGAUUUUUGCAAGAAUGAUUAAUAUAAUUAAAAAAAUUAAAUGUAAGGAAUCCUCUUCCGCCGGCAGCACGCGUUCCCUUUAAUCCGGAGUAACAUCGUAAUGAGUCCGGCGGAAGUAACAUUAGAACCCGCAAAGCGGACGGAUUGUUUUCUUGCUUUCUGCUUCAGCCGCCGUGUUUUCAAACCGGAUUACAAAUUAAAUUGACGUUGUAAUCCGCCGCCAAAAAUGUCUUCCGUUUUCUGCUUCAGAGACUUCGUCACCGAGCGACUCGCCGCCGCCGCGGAGGAAAUUCAGUGCGUGUUUGCGAAAGCUGUGCUGGGCUACGAGGAGGAGAUCGAGCGGCAGCGGAGACUGCUGGACGCCGUUCUGAAGCCGGUGAUCAAACUGCACAAGAGAAAGAUCACACAGCUGUCCAUCUGUCACGAAGAGGUUCUAGCUGAGAACCAGGUCUGUGAUCAGGAGAGCAUCUCCGGUCUGGGUCAGGAGGACCCGGAUCCUCCUUGGAUUAAAGAGGAACUGGAGGAAUUGCACACCAGUGAAGGGGAGCAGGGGGCCGACGCGUUCAUCUCGAGGCCUAUCCAUGCGGUAAUGGAUCCCACCCUGCUUUCGGAGACACUGACCAACAUCUCGAUCACAGCAAUCAAAUCUGAAUCCGACCGAGGGGGUUCGGGUCUCUCUCGCAACUCCCACCAAGACUGGAGCAACGAUCGGAAACCUGAGGACACGUGCUUCAGGUGUCCGUUUUGCACGGACGAGUUUUGCGACCCCUUGAAGUUGAAAGUUCACGCGAGGGCCCACAUCAGCGAAAAAAGCCACAAAAGCGGCGUCACUUGUGGGAAAGGGUUCGCCCGGAAGGCCCUGGAGAGGAAGCACGCGAGGAUCCAUGCGGGGGCGACGCCUCACGGGUGCCCGGUGUGCGGUAAGGAGUUCAACUGCCGCUCGAACCGCACCGCCCACAUGAGGACCCACGCGGGCGAGAAGCGCCACGCUUGCGCCACCUGCGGCAAGGGAUUCAGCCGCGGGGUGGACCUGAGGAGGCACCACCGCACGCACACAGGGGAGAAACUGUACAGUUGCGUCUACUGCGGAAAGGGGUUCCCCUACCACUCGUCGCUGAAGAACCACGUCCGAGUGCACACGGGAGAGAAACCUUACAAAUGUGCUCUGUGUGGGAAGGGGUUCGCCGUCCGCACAACAUUGAAGAUACACACCCGAGUCCACACGGGGGAAAAGCCGUAUACGUGCGGCGUGUGCGGGAAGACUUUUGCUCACGGUACAGGACUGAGGAUACACCGGAGGAUCCACACACGGGAGGAAACGCAAAGCGCUACACUCAAAGUUUAGCACGAUUUAGACCGUUGGGUCUUCCGCACGCAGCAGCAUAAUAUUUGCUGUUAUUACAAAUGGAAUAUGUUGGAUUCUGAACAGUUGGUCAGACGAAUAAAGCAAGACGAAGAUGUCAUCUAGAGCUCUUUGGGUCCCUAACUUACAGGUGUUUACUGUAUUCAUUGGCACGGAAGGCCGGUCUGACUAAACCGAGGGCUCGGGAUUUAAAACGUCCGUUUACAGUCUGCAUGGUUUUGUGUGUCAAGCUAUCAUAAAAUUAUUUCCCAUUCCUGUUAUUUUUUAAAUUUAUCUUGUGGAGCACGAGCCACAGAAAAGGAAAUGCAUAAGAAUACGGCCACUGUUUGUAACUAACACAUAGUGGCUGUAUUCACGUGUUUACGUAUUCACAGAAUGUGUGUGUGUGUGUAUAUAUAUAUGUAUGUGUAUAUACACACACACACACACAGAGUUGAUGUUUGUCUAAAUCAUUAUCUUUAAAAGUUAGCAACGCAUGAAUUGAAUGCUGUUGCUCUUCCUGACUAACUGGGAGGCAAUUCAUUAAUUAAUGUGUCUUUUUAAGGAACCAGUGUUUAUUUCAUUCUCGGAUUUACACUGUACACAACGACUGUAUUUAUUUAAACGAAAAAGCUAUUUAUUGUGUAUAAAUACAUUGUACAGAG